AAGUGCUACUGGGCUUCACGAAGAGUACUCAGCUGUCGGCUGCGUUAGUAAGUGCUGUAAUUGCUCGUGUAGUGCAGGAACGGGGGAAAAAAAUGGUAGAUUGACGCCGCUAUCAUUGGUAAAUAUAGAUAUACAGAGAGAGAGAUUGAGAGCAGCGAACAAGAUUUAGUGCGCGCUCCGAAUUUCUAUCGAAGCAAGUGCGAUGCGAGCGAAUCCCGUGCCGUUAGUUGCAAAGUGGAGGAUGACCGUUUGACGGCAGCAUCGGAGUUGGUCUUGGUGCCAGGAGGAAGUACACAGCGGGGUCUGUCUUUCGGUCACCAACCACUUCCUGAAAGGAGCAGAGCACGGAGGAAGCCCUACGAAGCGGAAGCGUCUCGUGAUCAGAGGGGGUUGCAGGCUAUGCGGGCGGUCUUCCGGAUCCAGUGAGCAUGGAAACAAUAUGGAAAGUGAUCAGUUGUUUUGUGGUCCUUCUGUCCCUGGAGCUGUGCUGCGGCCUGCCCAUUGGCCAGGACCUUUCCUACCAAGAUGAACAUACGCAAUUAGUAACUGGAUUGAUAGCAGUUCUUUUGAUCGUUUGCGGGGUCGUCUGUCUGGCCGGUUGUCUCUGCUGUCAGAGGAGGAAUGGCUUCAAGGAGGAGGACAGCAAGGAGUUCCGAGAUAGUCCGGUGGUUGUGUCGGUGGCGAGCCAACUGGACCAUGGUCACGUAAAUCCCAUAGCGAACGGGGAAUUCACGAUCUUCACGCCGUUAUCGACGACGGCAUCGCCAUCAUCCCCGCCGAACAGCAGCAACGUUUUCUCCGCUCACCAGCAAAUUAUCAGCCGAGCGCAGGAGGACUACAAGGACGGCGAUAUCGAUGUCAGCGAUUGGUAUGGGAGUGGAAAUGUAGAUUUUCCCCGGGCGAAAUUGAAGUACAUCCGGGAAGUGGGCAGAGGUUGGUUCGGAAGGGUGGUGGAAGGAACAGCGCAAGGUGUGCUGUCCUCUGCGGACGAAUCUGCUUGGAGUCCAGUUGUGGUCAGGAUCCUGGAGGCGACGGCUACGAACAGACAGAGGAUCAUCUUCCUGCACGACGCGUCCAUUUAUAAAUGUCCGUCGCAUCCGAACAUUCUGAGAUUGCUUGGCAGGAGUUUGGAGAAUGUGCCGUUGCUGUUGUUGCAGGAGCACUGCGAGAACGGCGAUCUAAAGGCGUACCUCAGAGCCCAGCAACAGUCCGUGGAUCAAUUCUUGACCGGAAAGUUGCCUCUGCUGUGGUGCAAGCAGCUCACUUCAGCCGUGAGACACCUGCACGAACACGACCUAAUCCAUCCGGAUUUGGCGGCGAGGAACUGCAGGCUAACGCAUGAUUUAACCUUGAGACUAGGCGACUACGGCUGCGGAGCGAACGACUACCCGGAGGAUUAUUACAACGGAUCCGAGAAUGUUCCGGUACGUUGGUGCGCACCGGAAUGUGUAACUUGCACCUCGACGACCAUCCAAACCAGAAAGGUCACGCGAGCUGGCAACGUCUGGUCAUUGGGGAUAUGCUUCUGGGAAAUCGAGGAAUGCGCGAAGCAACCUUACGGCAAUCUCACUGACGAUGAGGUCGUCUCCCAGGUCUUCGGAUCCGCCAGAGUUCGACUGUCUAAACCAAACUGCAUCGCGUCGCAUGCGGAUCAUCUAUAUCAUUUGAUGCAAUUGUGUUGGGCCGUGCCGGAGUCGAGGCCGACUGCGAACCAAAUCGAAGACAUGCUCGAGAAUAUCGACUCGAACGACUUCAAUAGUCGAUGGGAUCAAAUGAAACCGAACAUAAUCAUACGAGGGGUCGACGACGAAAACGAUCUCACUAACAUCACCGUCCUAAACAUGGGCCUGAACACCGACGACGAUAGUCAGGAUGGAAAAUAUUUAUCUGCUAGUAUGCAUAACUUGGCCGGUUCUCUGGACAACCUUCUGGAUGGUAACAAGAGCUUGGAUUCCUGGGCGGAGGAGGACGAGGAGCAUACCAAAUUGCAUUUCGAGUUGGGACCAUUGCAGAAGAUACAGAGCAGCGGUAGCGAAACCGAAGACGAGAACUGGAAGAGGAAAAUCGAGCUCGGUCUGUAUACGGAGAAGGUGCGCCAGAAGUCGCGAUCCGUCGCCGAUUUGAUGAUCUUGACGCACAUAGAUUGCUCGGAGAGCGAUUCGGAAACGCCGCUGCCCAGUUUGGGAUACAAGAAUGUGCGUUGUCACAAUCUGGAGAACCCGAGCCAGAUCUACGGGAGCGAGGGGAACUUGCUAAACGUCCACACGACGUUCGAGGAAGAAUUAAAGAAGCUGAAGGAGGACAGAAGAGACAGUCUACUUUUCGUACCUGAUAAAAUCGAGUUACCUACAUCCACCGGCGGCGGUGGCGUUUACGAUUCUCCGGAGAGCCGAAGACUGCUGGAAGAUCUGAACGGCACGUCCACACUGGAACCGCAGACGCAGUUUUUCAACGUCUACAACGUCGUUGCGAUAAGCCCAAUGUACAGUCCCAUCCGGAUGAACUACAACAACGACCAUUCGUCCUCCCCCUUGCCCGACGUCGUCCUCAACGCUAUCCCCUCGAAGAUACCCAAGCUCUCCGAGAUCAUCGAGAACAACAUUGCUGUGAACCCGGAUUCGAAACAAGUGUACAAAUUAAGUGAGGAUUUAGUGAACAAGGAUAGUAAUAGUGAAACUAGUGAAUUUACGGAUGUGAGCGACAGUGACGAUGCUGUGGUCGAGGCCAAGAACGAGAUACUCAUCACCCUGAAGGAUCUGCCCAAGAAGUCGAACGGUGAAAAUGGCGAUGUUAUGCACACGGAGACGAUUUCGAUACCAAAAAUAUGCGAAAGUUUCAUAACCGAGGCUAUAAAUCACGAACUCUUGAACGCCGAGAAGAUCGCGCAGGAACUAUCAUCAAUGGAACUAAUGUCGUCGCGUAAAAACGGAGAUAGCAAGUAUCCAAUAGAAAUCAUCAAGGAAGAGGCGAGUCGAUAUAAAUUAAGCGAAGACGAAGAGGAUUCUGAGAAUAGUACAAAUGAAAAUUGUCUGGAAUGCUUGGAAAUUAUGAACAAUGAGGAGGACUCUACAGAUCUUUAUCUGCAAGAAGAGCGAUCAAUGUCGAGUGAGAUUGAUUAUUUGGAGGAGCAACUGCAGUUGAGCGAACUCCUCAACCGUGAACAGAUUGAAUCAGUUUCAAAUGAUGUUGAACCGAUGAUCGGAAUUCAGCAAUUUACCACCGAUGAUGAAGUUGAAACAGACGAGGAUGAAGAUGAAACGGACGAAUCAGAUGAAGAUGAUACAGAUUUGAGUGACGCUGAGGAGGAAGUACGACAAUUGGCUGAAGUAUUCGUUAAAGACAUUAUCGAAUUAGCCAGCGAUAUUAGUGUACAGCGUAAAGAAGAAUCAGUGCUUCCCAUCACUAAUAAUUUCAGUGAGAACAUAAACAUUGAGUCGGUCGAGAGAAUGAACAAUGGUUAUAAUAUUCAAAAAGGUCUCGACAAUCCGACGAGCAAUGAUGCAUUCGAUCAAGCCUACAAAACUUACUUUAUUAACUUGACGGACGACGAUAAACUGUAUAACAUAGAUACGGAAGAAGUUAAAGAUACAGAGAAACAAGAUACAGCCUCGUACAAUCAGAGCAUCAAGAAGGUUGAAAAUGUAGAGAAUAACAUGAACACUAUCGUAUUUUCAAAAGAAAAGCAUCCGAUCAGUCGUGAAAAUAGCCGAGUAGAUGAUCUGACCAAUGAUAUGCAACUGUUGCAGAUGUGCUGGAACACGAAGAUAGUGGACAGCAAAGAUGAUGUUAUCGCGGAGGAAACAUCAAGAAAUGAUAAAAAACACGAAAUUAACUUUGACGACUGUCAGGUUCCAAUAAGAAUGUUGAAUAAGGAUGCAAACGGAGAAAUUCAAUACAAUUAUACUACUGUUCCAUUGGUGUGGCCAGAUUUAGAGAAAGAACGUAUUAAGCAAAUGUUGGAAACUCGUGAAAAGAUUGCGAAAAAUGAUGAAGAGAUUCUAAAAACUGAUGAGGUUAUUAUGAAAAGUGAAGAAGAACUUAUGGUGGCCAAAGAAGAAAUUACGAAAAACGAUGAAGCGAUUACGAAAACGAAUGGAGACAUCAAGAAAUUCGAUGUUGAAAUUAUACAAAAUCAAGUAGACAUGAAAGUUUUCGAAGAAAUCAUGAAGAUUGAAGACAAUGUCAUAAAAGAAAAUGAAGAACUUGCGAAAGGUCAAGAAGAGAUUGUGAACAGUGAAAAAAAUAUACUAAAAAUUGAAGAAGAAUUUAUGAGAGCUACAGAAGAAUUUUUGAAAAACGAUGAAGAAAUUGUGAAAACAUGUGAAGAAAUCACAAAAAGUGAGGAAGACAUUAUGAAGACGUCUGUUGAAAUCAUCAAGUUUGAAGCUGAUAUUGCAAAAGCAGAGAACGAAAUUGUAGUAAUUGAUGAAGAUAUUAAAAUUAAAAUAGAUGAAGAACUUGUGAAUGAACAAAAAUGUAUUACAGACAGUGAAAAGAUUGUUUUGAAAAACGAAGAAGAAGAAAUUUUGAAAAAUAAUAAAAUUGGAAGAACUUGUGAAGAAGUAAAGAAAUUUGAUUUGGAAUUUACAAAGGAAGAGGACGAAAAUAUACAGAAUGAAACAUACAUAACAUCAAAUGAAGAAAUGGGAGAGAAAGUUACUGAAUUGAAUGAGGAAAUUGUGAAAGGUCAAGAAGAUACUCAACUGAUUGAAGGAGCAAUAGAGGAUGAGAUUGUAUCGCCAGAUGAAAAUGUUUUAAUUGUUGAUGAGGAGGAACCAGGAGAAACUAGUGUAAACGAUAAUAGUUGCAUAGUCUAUCAUAAUACGAUUAAUCAGACGCAGGACUUUUUAACGAACGAAAUCUCCAAUUACAUUUGCGAUGGUACACCGAAGAAGAACAGCGUAAAUUUCGAUCUGAGCAAUUCUCAGGAGGAAAUCAAGAAUUCUCAGUUUAUGUUUUUGAAGUCGAGCACACCGUAUAAACGGGACGGAGGAGCGUCCACUGUAAUUUUAGGAGCUUCCGAUGACUUCUCUAUUGAUUACUAUAAUGGUCUGAAGACGACAACUGUUGCGGCGAGUCCGACUCAAGACGACUCGACUUUCGUUCACCGCAAGAAUGAUCACCUGAAGUAUUCCUUGGAGACGUGGGAUAAUUUCUUGGGGAAGAGUUUCGAUGAGCAACAGGAUAGGUAUACAAGUGACGAACCUCAGAGUUUGCUGUUUUUGGAUGAUUCCAUUAAAUCCUUGCCGUGCGACGAAACUUAUGCGGCGGCGGCGGCUAAAACUUACACGAAUCUGAACGAUACGCCCGUUGAAUUAGAUGAUAUUAAUUUCGAGGUCGAUGACGGAGAAGAGGAAGAGAAAAGUACUUAUGACAACUGGGACGGAGGAGCUUCGGGAGGAUGGUUCUUGCAUCCACAAACCAACGGGGAUGACUUGACAGGACAAUUGGAGAUACCACAGGACGACAGUUACGUUCGCUUCAGCAUGGACGACGAAGUGAUGGCUGCAAUAAGGAAUGAACUUUUGACCAAACUACCUCAAGCCCAAAGAAGUGCAGUAGAUUUAAAAAUGGAUGAUGUUGGGGAAUACGAGACAACGGACAGGAACGAAGUGUUCAUCAAGUACAACGUCUAUAAUACUCCUUUAUCGCCGAUCCCAGAGGAAUCUCACAGCGAGCUGCUGCAUUCUGGCCAAAGCACUCCGCAUUGUACAAUUAACACUGAUUUGGAUGACAGUGAUAGUAAUGAUAGCGAUUGGUCGGAGGCCGGAUCGACUGGACAACAUUCUCUCAUCGAGGAUGAAUGCGAAAGUCCGAGAUUGUCUCCAAGCAGUACGAAUAAGGAGGGAGUGAAUAAUCUGCAGCACAGACACACACCUAGUCAAGAGUCGUGCUGCUCCAAUGACACUCUCUUCAAUCUGGAGGAAUUGCAGUGCAUCGAGGAGGGCGCCAAGAAGAACAACAAUAUUAUUACGGAGCCGGAAACCGUAAAUACUACGUUCUGCGUAGAUAAAACUUGUGAUACAGUUGAAAAGGAGGAAUCGAUAGAAGUUGAAGACGCUGCUCAAAAAGCCGAUGAUCUUGAAGUUGUUGUUGACCCAGUGGAAGACUUACCACAGCAACCGGACUUUGUUUUGAAGGUUGACAAUACGAAUUGCGCGGAGGCUUUGACUUCUCUGCCGGUAGAAUCGUCGAGCAGUUCAGAAACUUAUUUAACUGUAAGCGAUUCGUUGUGCUACACUCUGCAGAACGUGGCCCCUCUGAAUUCCCCUGAAGAUAGGCCUUGGAAGCACAUAGAAGCUUCUCUGUCGAAUGCGGCGAGUUGCGAUGAGGAGGAUCAAAUCAAACCCAAUCAAGACAAUUUGUACGAGAACGUCGAUGAUACCACCAACAAGAAUAAUCUUCUGGUCCAGCAAACGGAAAUAUACGAUUACAUUGAAAAAGCGCCGUCUUAUGUAAACGAUGUCGUCGCGAAAGAAGACGUCGACACCGUCAAUCCAUCUACAUACGUUAACUGCGGUAAUAAUCAGGAGGGUUACGUGAACUGUCCAGAAACGGAGAACGUUUACGACGGCGUUUACGAACCGGUUUACGAUUACUGCCCAUUGGCGGAUAUCCGAUUCACAGGACCGUCGGAUUCCCAAAUGAUGACCACCUCGUUCAGCGACAGCGCAGAUCUAGCCGACGAGCGCGAUUGGGACAGCGGCUCCGAUACCAGAAGCAGCUCGAGUGGUGAAUUCAUCUGGAAGGAGGGAAGUCACGAGGCUUCAGUGAAAGCCUUGCACGCAGCUCCGCAAGAUAACACACGGGAGGAUUUAGAGAAGCCCGAUUUAGAGGAUUCGAGCAGUUGCGGCAGCGAAGAGGACGGCGAUGGACCGGAAUUCGUACCGUCCGCUUGGGAUAAGUACGCUACGCCCACGAAAUCCGCGCUUCGGUCGCCGGAGAAGACUCUGGAGAGAUCCAAAGGUCGUGGGGUGUCCUUCAAGAAGCAGAAGUACCAUUGCGUGUACGAGUAUCCAAGGGAACCCGACAGUCCGGUCAUCCAGAGCUACGACAUUUGGACGACGCCGAAGUAUCCCGAGGUUGAUUGGGAAUUAGAGACAUUUAUGAACCGCACUGACACUAAAACAUCAUCACCAUCAACAACAGCAUCCACCACCACCACUACUACUACUACACAGAAUCUGUAUCAGACUUCGAAUGUACCCGAUUUUAUUGGUUCUUCGAUGCUGGAAGAUGAUUUUUAUAUAAGCUCUUCGGCGAAGCCGUUCGAUGUUUUCGGGAAUAACUGCCAGUUUUUUCCAGGGAAGGAUGGCAGCUGCGAGUGGGGAGAUUUGAUCAAGAGCGUCGACAACGUGACGCCGGACAGCGGAGCCGAAGACGUGGCCUCCGUUCCAAAGGAUUUCACGAGCAGACGUCCGACGGUCAUGUCGCUGAAGAGUUUGGCGCAGUUGGCGGUGAACAGGAACAAGUGCAAAAAUAUCGGCGGCCUGAGACACACCAGGGACAAAUUGAAAUUGGAUCUUCCGCCCAGUCCCAGUGCCUUCACCAAGGGCUUCACGAUGGAACCGCCCCCCGUCGAGCCAAUAAUCGGUGGGCGACAGGUCCCGACCUUCUCCACCUUCGGGAAGAGUCGCUUCGUCGUGCAGCACGUCGACACUCCACCCAGCGAAGAGAAUACCAAAAACGUAUCGUUCGAAGCUUUACCCUAUAAACCGUUGGUCACCGCUUCCCUGAACGAUGUCAAAACUCUUGUUGAAAGUGUGAGAGGUGAGGCUAGUCUGUUGGACAGUGCGGACGAAGACAGCGGCAUCGAAUCGUGCACUUUAGAAAGGCGAAAGUCUGUUUCUUAGUGGCCAAUACAACAUAUGCCAAAAUAUGCACAGAUAUUUUAGAGUUCACAAAGAGAAAAACCCACCACCCCCUGUUUUAGCGUUUUAACCAUUUUAAGAAAUAAUCAAAAAGAAAGAAAGAAGAAAUCAGUGUGUAUUCUCCUACUUUUAAUGUAUUGUAUUUGUAAACAUUCAGGAAGCUAAUUGCCUUAUAACAAUAAUAGAUUAAGGCACAUUUUAUACAAAGCCAAUCUCUCGAAAAUCAAACAAACAAACAAAAUGAAACGGUACUAAUUUACUUAUCAGUUUAACAGCAAUCGUUAUGUUUUAUUUUCGCAAUUAAAAUAUAUAUGUUUUUUAUUUUUUAUCAC